AUGGCCGAUUUAGAUGAAAUUCAGAGAAUAUAUGACAUUGUGGACGAAAACGCAGAUGGAAUGGUGAGCGUUGAUGAAAUGCAUGGCUAUCAUCAAGCCAAUGAAGAAAAAGAUGAGUCGGAGGAUCUGUUGGAGGCAUUUAGGAGUUUUGAUCAGAACAAAGAUGGGACGUACAUUUCAUCUGACGAGCUUCAGAAUGUGCUGUCCACAAUGGGAUUGAUUGCCCAGCGACAAGAUUCGCAAACGUGCGAGGAAAUGAUCUGUAGAUUUGAUUCAGAUUGCAAUGGAGUUUGGAUUUCUUCUGAAUUAAAAAAUAUGAUGUCUCCCUGA